UUUCGCAUUCGCGGAGUGCCACGAGACUGGGACGCCGAGAAACUUCAGUCUUUCCUGCGGAAGGAGGAGUUUCGGCCUCAGGACGGUAUGGCCGGCCCUGUUGUCCGGUCCUUGGCAGACAAGGUUGGUGGCCGUUCGAGAGUGGGCACGGUGACCUUCCAGCGCGGCCCACCUGCGCCGCAAACAGGCGGGAAAUGGGCAAUCCCUCUCCCGCCUUCUUCGGCGGCUACCCAGCCAUCGCGGUCAAGCCGGCAGCUACAUCUCACUCUUGACAACGACUUCCACGGCAUCACCACACUAUGCUCUCCUCCGUCUGAGGAUCAUAAGCUAGACAUCCUCGCCAUCUCUGGACUUGGCCGCCACGCCUUCGGAUCUUUCGAGCAGAGAGGCGGCGAGCAUAUGUGGCUGCGAGAUGCUCUCCCCUAUGAUUUCACUCUCGAGGGCAACGACCGUCCUAUUGCACGGGUCAUGACUUACGGCUACAACUCCAGUAUUCCCCAGAGCAAUAGCAUGCAGAACUUGGAAGACCUCGCAGCGUCUUUCCAUUCGAGCCUCCUAGCGCUAGCGGGCACAUACAUCAAGCCGGUUCUUGUCAUUGCGCAUAGCUUAGGUAACCUAAUUAUCAAGCAGGCCCUCAUAUCGCUGUCAAGGUCGGAGAGCAGACACGACCAGCUUUUGCUCGGGGCGGUGUAUGGGGUCGUCUUCUUUGGCGUGCCACACGAUGGCAUGGACAUCAGCUCGCUCAUCCCGAUGGUAGGCGACCAACCCAACCGGUUUCUUGUGGAGUCCAUCGGACAUGUCAUCUCGCAGAUUCUCAGCACGCAGCGACGAGAGUUUCACGCAGCGCUCGGCGGAAAGAGCGACUCGGAAGUGUUCUGCUUCUACGAGACGCUCCAGUCUCCCACGGUGCAGCAGGUAAUCGUGCAGCAUGCGUUGGUCGAGAUUCGGAGGCUCUCGAUUCUUCCCCAUGAAGUGUGCUGUGCAGGCUGGAACGUGGCAGCAGACGAUUUGUGGACUCGGGCCAGCGCCCUGAAGGCAUGUCAGCCGGGCCGCUUGACGCAGUCAGCAUUCACGGGAGGGUGA